CUCUUUCUCAGGUGCCACAACACAUGAUGCUAAUUUUGGAAUUACCACGUACAGUACAAUGGCACAAAUCAGGUGAAGGAAGAGAGUGAAGAGGUUUUAUGCUGGUACCUGUCCUCUGCUGUCAUAACCAGCUAGAGAGACACCUCUGCAGAUACCAGUGACCUGGAGUAAUCUGGUCCUCAGUUAGGGGACAUUGGCAUUUGCAUCAUAGGUCAUCAUUUGAACAUCAACAGACUGGAUUAAGAAAUAAGAACACAAUCAACAAACCUGUAUUCAUUCAGCUUGGUGAGAGAGGUGAACUUGAACCUUUGUGGGCCACACUGGGUCUUUUCAUGACUGGACCUUGUUAGGUGAGUUGGUGAAAUCUGGAGGCGGGACCACUUCCCAUGGAUCCCAACAUACCGGGGUCUUUCCUGUUUAACAACAGCCUGAACCAAUUCUCCUCGGACUUAAAGACACCUGUGUGUCAGUUCUCAGUGCCCAACUCCUUCUGCAAGCUCAACCCAGGCCUGAACAGCCAGCUGCAGGCAACGGGCACAGCCCAAGGCAUUAGCAACAUUCUCAGCCGUUCCAUGAUGGGCGCUACAGGCACCACCACCCUGCUCUCUGGAUACCCCACCAUGGGGGGCUUUGGCACUGUGGACCCAGGGGUCUACUACAACUGUGCAGACUAUAACCCCUCCCUGGGCAGCUUCACCAAGCCUGGCACUGAGUGCCCCAUGAAGGGUCGCAGUGGCAGUUGCUGGGCAGCGAGCGGGUGCGAGUGGAGAGGAGGGAGGCAGCAGUGCACAGACAGUGAUGGGCAUCUAGGAGAUAUGUCAGGCAGGAAGAAGCACACCAGACCUACAUUCAGUGGACAUCAGAUAUUUGCCCUGGAGAAAACCUUUGAGCAGACCAAGUACUUGGCCGGGCCAGAGAGAGCUAGACUGGCCUACUCUCUGGGCAUGACAGAGUCACAAGUCAAGGUGUGGUUCCAGAACCGACGUACCAAGUGGAGGAAGAAGAGUGCCUCAGAGCCUAGCUCCACCCAGGCCACACAGGGUGAGCAGGGAGGGGAGAUUUCGGAGAACGAGGUGGAGGAUGAGGAGUACAACAAGCCUCUGGACCCCGACUCAGACGACGAGAAGAUACGACUGCUGCUGCGUAAACACCGCCGGGCUUUCUCUGUACUCCACCUUGGAGCACACCACGUCUGACACACGAACACAAGCGCACACACACAUCAGAUGUGCAUG